AUGGCCCCCGAGAUGAAGAGGUUCGGCAUCGAUCGCGAACACGCCACGUUUCUGUCGCUACGGAGACUGAUCAUCCAGACGUUCGGCAUCGAACAAGAUUUCAUCGUUUCGUACCUGAUGCCACACUAUUUCGGCGCCUCACAUCGCUACCUACCGAUUCUGUCCGAGUGGGAUUUCCGUAACGCCAUUUACGGCGCCAGCGACCCGGUGUUGAAGCUGAAGGUCGACGUGAAACACGUGGAUCCAGAGUUUCAAGAAUGGGACUUUGUCGACACAGACGAUCUGUUGGGCAACGGCAUCAAGCCGUGUUCGGCAGUUGUUCCAGAACGGAAGCCAAGCCAACGAUUCCAGCUGUUGUCGAUGUUGCCCAAGGGAGGCGACGGUCACAAAAAGUGGUUAGUGUCUGUACCACCGAACUUUGUCCACAAUCGAUCGUUCUCAAAAUCUGACUACAGCAUGUACUUCGAUGCAGAGGGCCGUCUGUUGCGCCCAGAGCUGUUCCGGCUGCGCGUGUACCAGACCGGUUGUGACAACGCGGUGCGCGGCGACGUCUGGCCCCUGUUGUUCGAACUUUACCCUACGGGUCUGAGCGCGGUCGAGAGGGCGGUCUGCCGUAAGCGCAUGUCUGAUAAGUACCAUGCGCUGGUCGACGCCUGGCACCGCUACUUGCGGUGUACGUUCCUCAUUAGCGACAACCUGAAGUCAGUACUGAGCGCCGUGCGCAAGGACGUCGUUCGUACCGAUCGCAACCACCCGUUCUAUGCCGGUGACGAGGAUAACAACCCGAAUCUGAUGAUGCUGUUCAACGCGAUCACAACAUACGCGCUGUGCCACCCGGAGGUAGAUUCUGUUCCUAACGAUGCUCGGCAAAAACGACAUGAUGUAACCGAUUAUUAUUUCCAGGUUAAUUACUGUCAGGGUAUGAGCGACAUUGCGUCGUUGUUGUUGUUCGUCUUGCGGGACGAGGCGUUGUUAUACGCCUGUUUCUGCGCCAUUAUGCAAAGGCUCAAGAAGAACUUCCAGUACGACGGACGGGCGAUGACAAAGAAGUUUCAGGAUCUCAGCGAACUCAUUCAGCACUACGACAGCGAGUUUUACGAAUACUUGAGGGAAAUACACGCCGACGACCUGCUGUUUUGCUAUCGCUGGCUCCUGCUGGAGAUGAAGCGCGAAUUUAGUCUGGAAGAAGCUGCUUCACUGAUGGAAGUGAACCUUGCUUCUGUGCCACUGACCUUCCCCAACAAGGAGCUAGAGCUUUUCGUCGAAGACACGAAAUUCGACGACAAUCGUACCGGCACCGAAAAAGCUGAUCCGCUGGCUAAGCGCAUGUUCGGUGAUACUCUGAAUUUCGAUAGUUUUAAUCGUGCGUACUGUCACGUGGACUCUGACAUGAGUGACAGCAGCGAUUCCUCCGACAAGUUCCCUGUUUGUCGUAAACGUUACAGGCCAGAUUCGAUCUCCAGUUGCCAAAGCUGUCCAUCGUAUCUCUCCGAAAUCACUCUCUGUUCAUCAGCGACGUAUCGGCAUAUGCCUCAAAAAGGGCAUACAGCGGACAGCCCAUCUUGUAUGCCCGAGAAACAUUCUAGCCUUCCCACCGAAACAUAUAUGUUUCAUUGCGAAAAGUUUUCGGUUGAUAGCGACGAAGUUUUGGAUAACGCCUUUUCCUCUGGAAUAACGGUCCCCAUCUAUAUUAAACCAUCAUGUGAGCUGCCGGUAGUUGAUUCACCUCAGAAUAUUGAGAGCAAACUGGAACAGGAUGCUGAAGUCAACGGUGUCCCUGUUGCGCUGGAUGCAUGCACUGCGGACGUCGCCAUUAGCUGUUCUAAUGUUGACGAGCUAACAUUGUUCGAUAUUGAGGGCAUAUGCAAUAUC